AUGCCCUUUCGGUGGCAGUUCGAGGAAGGCAUUGGACCUGUGUCCAUUACAACGCCUUUCGAGCACCAUGUGUCAUACGUGGCUCCUUUGUUGCUGUUUAUCAUGGUGUUAUAUCACUUUAACAAGCAAAGCAGCCAUGCGGCACCCAUUCUGAAUCCCAAAAAGCGUGGGGAGCUUUCUCAUCUGAGUUCCGUGAACAGGUUCAUGACAGGUAGCAAAGAGGUCAUGACCAAAGGCAGAUCAAUGUAUCCCGAGACACCGUACAGGGUUUACACUGAUUGGGGUGAGGCACUAGUCUUGCCUCCAGAGUUUGUGAACGAACUGAAGAGUCAUCCCGACCUGGACUUCAUGAAGGUCGCCCAAGACCUUACGAUGCCUCUGUCGAAAGAAGCAACUGUAGCACUUCAGCAGGGUUUGACUGACUCGACUGAAUGGCAUGAGAUUCUUCCUUCGCGCGAUAUUUUGAGCCUCAUCGCUCGCCUGUCCUCGCGGGUGUUUAUAGGCGAAGAGCUUUGCCGCAACGAAGAAUGGAUCAAAGCAUCAUCAGAGUAUACAACCGCGGCAUUUACAUACGGCGAUAAUUUGAGAGCUUGGCCGCGCUCUCUUCGUCCUCUGGUUCAUUGGUUUAUGCCAGAGGCUAAAGAGGUCCGCGAGAAACUCGAUUCAGCACGCCGAGCCCUCAAACCACUACUUGAGCAGCGCCAAACGCGAAAAGCCGAGGCUAUGGCGCAAGGGAGAAGGCCACCAGUAUACAAUGAUUCGCUUGAAUGGUUUGAGCAGGAAUACACGACCGCGUACGAUCCGGCGGUUGCGCAAAUUACACUCUCCAUUGUCGCCAUCCACACCACAAGCGACUUAUUACAGAUGACUAUGUACUCGGUCGCUCGUCACCCAGAACUAUUUACACCGCUCCGUGAGGAGGUCAUCCAAGUACUCGGAUCGCAUGGUCUCACCAAACAGGCAUUAUACGACCUCAAGUUGAUGGAUAGUGUCAUCAAAGAGGCGCAGCGCAUGAAGCCUGUUCUCUUGGCAACCUGGCGACGAAAGGCACUCAAGGAUGUCAAAUUGUCGAAUGGCUAUGUCGUCCGUAAGGGCACAAGAAUAUUGGUUUCGAGUGCCCACAUGCAAGAGUCACAGUACUACGAUGAACCCAAUAGGUUUGAUGGCUACAGAUUUCUGGGCAUGAGGGACGUUCCUGGAAAAGACAAGAUGGCGCAUCUGGUCAGCACAAGUGAGCAGCAUCUCGGUUUUGGGCAUGGGCAGCACGCCUGUCCCGGGAGGUUCUUUGCUGCCAACGAGAUCAAGAUCGCGUUGUGUCACCUCCUGCUGAAAUACGAUUGGAAGCUGCCCAAAGGUGAUGACCCGAAGAUCCUCGCCAUUGGUAUGUCUUUGAUCCCCGAUCCCAGCGGGAAGCUUUUGAUGAGGCGACGGAAAGAGGAACUCGACUUGGAUGCGCUUAAUUGUUAG